CGAUUGGACGACUCAAUAACAUGAACACCCACCUCUAAAAAAUAUAUUCCUAGCAGAGAACCGACUAAACAGUCAUUAAGAUAAUUUUUUCGAUCGUGACAGUCGACUAUUCCGAUUAUUCGUCAUUCAAUUUAUUUACUAGCACUACGUCGAGUAUCUACCAGAUUUGAUUGUACCGAACAAAUAUACCAAUAAAAUGUUUUCAACAACUAAUAAACAAAAAUUUCAAGCAGUAAUGGAUGAAAAUCAAGAGAUAAAACAAGCAUGUAAUGACGAAGUUGAAGACCUAAAUAACAAAAAUCGUACUCUUGUUGAUUUAACAUCGGUUCUCACCUCUGAAAAUGAAGCAUAUAAAGACGAAAUUGAAGACCUAAAAAACAAAAAUCGUACUCUUGUUGAUUUAACAUCGGUUCUCACCUCUGAAAAUGAAGCAUAUAAAGACGAAAUUGAAAACCUAAAAAACGAAAUUCGUGUUCUUGUUGAUUUAACAUCGCUUCUCACCCAUGAAAAAAAGGAAUACAAAGACGAAGUUCAGCAGCUAAAAAAAGACAACCAUGAUCUGGUCUCUAAAAAUGAGGAAUAUGCAGAAGAAAUUCGUCAGUUGGAAAUGAAAAAAGGGCUUUGUACUAAAUUUGUAAAUUCAAACAUUUAUAAUCGUCUUAAUUUAUCACCUGUCUCGGUGGAUAAAGAACAACACUGUACUGAAUGGUGGUGCCCAAAGCAUUCAAAUUUUGAAACUAUUGUUAAGACAUUUAAACCAAAUACGGAAGAAGAUAAACUAAUAAUACGACGUGCUAAAGGCAGAUUUGCAUACUGGAAUAAAAAAGAUGGCGAGGGUAUGUGCUGCAAAAAUAAUCGUCAAAAUAAAGAUAGCAACAAAUAUUCUCCACCAUCAAAUUGGCCACAAUGAAAAAUCUUAUGUGAAUCAAUGUGGAGAUGAGAAUAAUGCAUAAAAUAAUUUUAAAAUUAUAAAUAUGUUUUAAUUUUGAAAUUCAUAAUUCCUUGUAUUUUUUUAUAAUAAUACUGUAGUGAGCAAGAUCAGAAUAAUAAAUAAUAAUAAUUAAAUAUUUACAUAUUAUCACAUGUUAAAUUACAUAUAUGUAGGUACAUUUCUUAAAUUUUAGAAUACUCAUUUAUUAAUUUGUAUAAUAUUAAAUACAACUUUAAUAAAAAUUAAUUGUAAUGCAUGGCUAAAAUUGUACAUAUUAUUCAAUAAUUUUAAACUGGUGUAAACGCAACUUACUCUUAAUCAAAAAGAAGCUCGUGUUCAAUCCUUAUAGCCUAUAGAUAUUAAAAUUGAAAUAGGUUAAAAAUGCAAUAAUAAAAUAAUUUUUAUUUGUA